CGGAUCAAUACCUAGACAGACAGGCAGCUUUGAGGCAAUCAGAGGACGGAGGAGGGGGUCAGCUUUUGGGAGAGGGUUGUGUCUGGUUUUGUGGGAGAGUUGCUGCUGCUGCAGACACCAGCAGAGACAGACAGAGAGAAGCUGCUGCCUCCUUCAGCGUGUCUGCAUCAGAUGAGCGGGGGUCACCCAGGAUUCCCUUCAAACUCCAAGAAAAAAGACAGAAAAAACCCCAAAACAUGUGACACCAUUCUUUUUUUUACCUUUCCUUCUGGAGACGAACUGCUUCCUGCUGCUGCUGCUGCUGCUUUUUCCUCCUUAUUGUUGAUUAUUUAAAUGAAGGCGCUAAAAAGAGGGGAGGAAAGAAAAGUGGGACACAAAAUGUGAGGAGAAGAGUCUCUGAGAACGCAAGAGACGAUUUAGGAAUCCAUAACGGAUCUUUUUUUUCUUUGUUUCCUGAAGGUUUUGAAAGAAGAGCUGCGAUGCAAAGCAUCUCUUUUAUUUGAGAUCUUUGAGACUCGGAUGUUUAUUAUGAAGCCUUGAACGGACCAUAACGGAAAAGUUUCACCUGGAAAAAUGCGAUUUUUAACACAAUUUCAAUCAUUUUUACAGCAAAAAAUGCAUCUGGACAAAUGUCAUUUAUAGACCGCCUGUUGGUUCAAGUCGCCCGCCCUCUGACAGCCGGCUUUCCUUCCUUUUCUCUACUUCAACAAAGAAAUCCAGCACGUAAAGCGGACUAAACUUUAAACAGAUACGGCGGAUCAUCGCAUUCCUUCCAAAAUAUCAAGGACAGAGACCGUCAAAACUCCGGAGAGCGAGGCUAUAUGAAGAUCGCGACACGGUUGUUGCUUUUCCCUCGCAGAAAUGCCAGUGCGUGCUGUGACCACCAGGUUCAUGUACAAGGGACUUUGCACUAUUCCAGAUGUCCUCACCUACCGGACCCCUGUUAGCCUGCCCGAGGAUGAGGUGGAAGAGAUCCGCGAGGCUUUCAAAGUAUUUGACCGAGACGGGAACGGCUUUAUCUCAAAGCAGGAGUUGGGGAUGGCCAUGCGUUCGCUGGGCUACAUGCCCAAUGAGGUGGAGCUGGAGGUCAUCAUCCAAAGACUCGACAUGGAUGGUGAUGGGCAGGUUGGCUUUGAGGAAUUUGUCACGUUGCUGGGCCCCAAACUGUCGGCUGCUGGAAUGCCUGACAAGUUCCACGGAGCAGACUUUGAUUCUGUGUUUUGGAAGUGCGACAUGCAGAAACUGACAGUGGAUGAGCUCAAACGACUCCUGUACGAUACUUUCCGUGACCACCUCACCAUGAAAGACAUUGAGAACAUCAUCAUGACUGAGGAGAACCACCUAACCAGCCCAGAGUCACAUGUGGACAUCGACACGAGCCCAACGCAGCAGGAGAAGCACACGUGUGUGCGUAAAAGUCUGAUUUGUGCCUUCGCUAUUGCGUUUAUCAUCAGCGUCAUGCUCAUUGCAGCAAAUCAAAUGCUCCGCAGAGGGAUGAAAUAAUAAAUACAACCAGCGGGAAUCAAAAAAGAGCUAAGAGAGGAGAAAAACAAAAAACUAACCAAAACACAUUUACCAUGUUAGGUUUUAUUCACAGCUGACAAGCAUGAUGAUGUUCUCCCAGCUUCCCUCACCAGAAUAAUGGAUGAAAUGAUGUCAGCCGGUGGUUGUGUGUGCCCAUUUAUCACACCGUGGCCAGGUGGAAAACAGAACUGAAGGAAAGGCACUCAUGAGGGCAGAAAAAAUAACAUUUUGAGACAACAUGUCUUUUUGAAAUGCAUGUUAAAAUCGAAAAAAUGAAGCAAUACUAAAAAAAAAUGAAGUAUAUGUGUCCUCAUGUCUUUAUUUACUGUAGUUUGUCAAUGAUUUUAUAAAAUCACAAGUUAGGUGAACAAGCACAGUCCUCUUUAUUUAAAAAUGUUUAGUUUUUAUUUUAUCUAAACUGAAGUAUCCCCAUUAUAUUGCUUUUUUUUUUCCACAAAAAAGUCUUUCUUCCGAUAUUUGGCUAAAAUGAGUUACAAAGUGUAUAUAAAAAACUUCCAUUUCAUUUCUGCUAAGGUUAUGUGACGAGCCAGGAGAGCAACAAUCAGCUUCUUUUGAACUGCAGACAAAUGACCAUUUAAAGACAGUAAUAUAUUAAGAAAACUGUGACAAGGGGAAAAAAAACCCUGAAAAACAAGAUUGCAGACGAUGAAAGAGGUCCUCGAGUAAAUGUGGCGGGAAAAAAAAUCACAGUUUACUAAGAAUGAAUUUUCACUGCAACUGAAUCUACUGCAAGAGGUCUGAGACAGCUUUUUAAUUCAAAAAUAUGUUCUGUCACCUGAAAUGUGAGCUAUCGCAGCUUUAAAGCUCAAUCUGAGGAUGUCACACGCAUGUGAAUGCAUUUUUAUUCCUUUAGGUUGAACGUUUCUUUUCAAUUUAAAUUUAGAUUCUGAAUUUUAAUUUAUCCUCUCGUGCAAAAUAUCAAUUUCUUAAAAAAUCGACCCACUCAAGUGCUACAAACAUUAUGUCCACUGUGUGAAACGCCUGCAAAUUGUUACCCCAAUUUUUAGGAAUUUGAAACGAGUCAAAAGUGUCAGUAGCAAAAUGUCCCGAGACACCAGCUGUGAAUACGUCAAGCACUGCUUAAAAGCUACGUUUAUCCUGUGCUAUUUAUAUUAAACGUGAUCAUGAAGCGGUACAAUUGCAUGUAAGAAAAGAAAAAAAAAAAACGUAUGUGUGAUCUGCCUGUGAGAUAGAUUUUUCAGAUAUAUGUUCAAAUAAUUAUGCAAUUUGUUAAGUGAUCAUUGCAAAAAAGAAGAACUUUCUCAGUAUUUGGCAUUUACCUAUAAAUGUCAGUUUUAGUGGAUGUACAAAUAGCAAAAUGAUAGAUACUUUGCAUAAAUAUCUAUGAAAAAUCCUCUCACAUCUCAUGAGAAGUAGUUUUGUUUUUUACAUGAACCAUUGAAAAGACAUUUUGUUUAGAAUGUAUCAUGCAUAUAUUUUAUUUUUUUAUCUAUGUUAUUUUAUCUUUAAUAUGAACAUUAUCUUUUUUAAAACUAUUUUAAAAAUGAGCAAAAAAUAUAUAUAAAAUGUAUAUUUAUUUACCUUUCAAUUGCAAGUCUUAAGCUUUAACUUGUAUUGACUUUUGUUAAGGUUAUUUUAACUUUACUAUUUGUUUAAUAAGGCAAGCUUUAAAAAAAUACUUUUCUUGUCGUUGAUGAUUUAUCAAAGCUUUACCACAAAAGGAGAGGUACGGCUCAGUGAGAAUCUCUGGCAAUAAAACUGAUUUUUUUCUCACGUAAAACCGAUUCAUAGCAUUACCUCUUCAUGUGAACAUAUCAUAAAAGAUAUGAAUUUUGUGCUGUUGUAAGUAUAGUCACUGUGAAAAAUCUGAUGAAACACUAUAAGCAACUAUCUUAAUCUGAGUGUUUUGGUGUUUUGAUGAGUAGAUUUUUGUAUCUUCUGUCGACUAAUCGUCAAAAGUGUUGUUAUAUGUGUACAUUUUUGCAGAGGGCGGCUUCUGUUCUGUGCCUUUGGCAUUUGAAAAACUGUCUUGCAACUGUAGUAACUCCAGAGAGGCUGGCACAGAAAUGAUGGAAUGUCACUUUCAGCAAAAAA